GAACGAUUACUUUUAUCACUUCUCAUUCUGCAGUCAGGUGAUGCAUUGGAGCUCCUUGUUCCGUCCAGUCAUCGAGCUAGAAUGGGAUCUGAGACCCUGAUUCCCUGCACGUUCACCGUGGAUAAACCUCCUAUGGAUCCCAGAUUCCUUGUCGUAUUCUGGUACUUUCAGGGAAAGGAGAUCCUGAGCUAUGAUGAUACAAUGAGUACAAGUGAUACAAGGUUUUCCAUAAACACAACAAGAGCGAUAGAAGGGGAUGCAUCUCUGACUGUAUCCAGGGUAACAGUAGCUGAUAAUGGAGUCUAUAAAUGUGCGAUAAUGUACCUUCCUCAGAAAAAGGCAAAAGAUGUCAGCCUGCUUGUUUAUGCUCCUCCGGAGAUCACUAUCACUGGGAGAAACGCUGUUAUAAAUAAGGAGAGUAUUCUGAACAGCUCCAUCACUGGAUUCUACCCUGUUGACGUCGACUUUAAAUGGUUCAGGGAUGGGGAGAUCCUCAAUAAUUAUACUGUAUCCACUCCUCAAAGGAACCCUGAUGGCACGCACGGUGUGCACAGCACAGUAACCAUAAUACCCACCGAGGAGGACAAACACCAGAUCUUCUCCUGCAGGGUCCAACAUGAGUCUCUCUCUGAACCUCUCUACAAGUACUUCACACUGGAAUAUAAACAUAAAGGUAACCAUUCAGGGCUUAAACAUUGUUACAUUGUGUUUUUAUAUGCAUGUUAUUAUCCCAUUAGAGGGAUACAGCCCCUACACAUGUGCCACUUCUGGAGUCUGCCGAGGUGA